AUGGUUCACUACAAACUUUCCUACUUCCCAAUCCGUUGGGCUGGAGAGGUUCCUCGUCAAAUUCUGGCUUAUGCUGGACAGAAGUUUGAAGACAACAGAAUUCAACAAGCAGACUGGCCAGAACUCAAACCAAGCACUCCAUUUGGUCAGCUUCCAGUUCUCGAGGUUGAUGGAAGACCCCUUGGACAAUCUCAUGCUAUUUCUCGUUAUCUUGCUCGUCAAUUCGGAAUCAAUGGAAGAUGUCCAUGGGAGGAAGCUCAAGUCAACGCAAUUGCUGACCAAUUCAAGGAUUACUUGUCUGAUAUUCGUCCAUACAAUCUCGUUAAAAUGGGAUUUGCGCAAGGAGAUGCUGAUCAACUUUACACUGAAACGUUCUUACCAAACUUCAAGAAACACUAUCAAUUCUUCACAAGAUUUUUGAAGGCCAGUGGUGCUGGAUUCUUAAUUGGAGAUUCAUUGACCUGGGUGGAUAUUCUGAUUGCUCAGCAUACAUCAGAUCUUCUAAGCGAUUCCGGAUCAGUUUUUGCGACCAAGGACUCGAUUAUUGACGAAUUCCCAGAGUUGAAGGCUCAUCAAAAGAAGAUUCAUGCAAUUCCAAACCUCAAGAAAUGGAUCGAAACUCGUCCAGUCACUCCAUUUUAG